AUGGAGGAGCAGCGGGCGCUCGUGGCCGCCAAGGACGGGGACCUGGCCACCUUGGAGCAGCUGCUGGAGGCUGGCACCCUGGGCCCAGGCAUCGUGGACGCCCUGGGGGCUGGCCUGGUGCACCACGCCACCCGGGCCGGCCACCUGGCCUGUGUCAAGUUCCUGGUGCAGCGGGCCAAACUGCCCGGCAACCAGCGGGCCCACAACGGGGCCACCCCGGUACACGACGCAGCUGCCACGGGCAGCCUGGCGGAGCUGUGCUGGCUGGUGCGUGAAGGGGGCUGCGGUCUGCAGGACCAAGAUGCCUCGGGUGUCUCCCCACUACACCUGGCCGCCCGCUUCGCCCACCCGGUGCUGGUGGAGUGGCUGCUCCGAGAGGGCCAUGCAGCCACGCUGGAGACGCUGGAGGGGGCCCUGCCUCUGCACCAUGCCGCUGUCAGCGGGGACCUGACCUGCCUGAAGCUCCUGGCAGCUGCCCACCGCAGCAGCGUGAACCGGCGGACACGCAGCGGCGCCUCCCCGCUGUACCUGGCCUGCCAGGAGGGCCACCUGCACCUGGCCCAGUUCCUGGUGAAGGACUGCGGCGCCGACGUGCAUCUGCGCGCCCUGGACGGCAUGAGCGCGCUGCACGCCGCCGCCGCCCGCGGACACUACUCGCUAGUUGUCUGGCUGGUCACCUUCACUGACAUCGGCCUGACAGCACGGGACAACGAGGGGGCCACAGCCCUCCACUUUGCAGCUCGAGGCGGCCACACACCCAUCCUAGACCGGCUGCUGCUGAUGGGCGCCCCCAUCAUGAGAGACUCCUGGGGUGGGACCCCCCUGCAUGACGCUGCAGAGAACGGACAGAUGGAGUGCUGCCAGACCCUGGUCUCCCACCACGUGGACCCCUCCCUGCGGGAUGAAGAUGGCUACACGGCGGCAGACCUGGCAGAGUACCACGGACACCAGGACUGCGCCCAGUACCUGCGGGAGACGGCCCGGCCGGUGCCGCUCCUGAUGACACCCCCACCUCCACCAUUCCCCCCUCCUCCACUGUCGGCUGCGAGGCGCUCCCCAGAGGAUGGAAGAGGGGGCUCAGGUCUCAGGAGCCCCACCUCAGCGUCGCUCAGCCCCGCCUGGCCUGGCCAGCCUGACCAGCCUCUUCCGAGGGAGCAGAUGACCCACGCAGUCCCCCUGGGGAUCAGCACCUGCGCCAUGGCCGUCGCUACGGGGGCAGAGACAGCGGCGGGGGAUACUCCCCAGGGCCUGGCUGCGCUACAGCUGGACGGACUGCCCUCUGGCGACCUCGAUGGGCUGGUGCCCACGCGUGAUGAGCGCGGCCGGCCCAUCCCCGAGUGGAAGCGGCAGGUGAUGGUGCGGAAGCUGCAGGCACGCCUGGGCGCUGACCCUGCCCAGGAAGCUCAGGAGGACAGUGGGAGCGCGGGCCCCACGGAGCAGGCGGCCUGGCGGUACUCGCAGACCCACCAGGCCAUCCUGGGCCCCUUCGGGGAGCUGCUGACGGAGGACGACCUGGUGUACCUGGAGAAGCAGAUCGCCGACCUGCAGCUGCGAAGACGCUGCCAGGAGUACGAGAGCCAGCUGGGCCAGUUGGCGGCAGAGCUGCAGGCCCUGCUGCCCGAGCCCCUGGUCAGCAUCACCGUCAACAGCCACUUCCUGCCCCGGGCGCCAGGGCUGGAGGGCGAGGAGGCCCCCUGCCCAGUGCCCGAGCCCUCGGGCCCUGAGGUGGCCAUGGAGGCCGUGCCCGGCGGGCAGCCCCUGCCCUUCUGGUGCAGCCACGUCGCCCGGCUGGUGCGAAGCAUGUCGCUGCUGCUGAAGGGCAUGAACGGGCUGGUGCAGGGUGAGGAGAAGCCGGCCGGGCAGCCCCCACAGGAGGCCAGCAGGGAGGCCCCGGCCAGCCCCCCACAGAGCGAGGCCCAGCGUGAGAUCCAGGAGUGCGGGGUGUCUGUGCGGACGCUACGUGGCAACUUCGAGUCGGCCCCCUGCCUUCCCUGCAUCCCAAACCUAGGACCCUGUGAGGCAGGGGCCCAGCCCGGGCAGUGCCCCCGAGGCUGCUGGCCUGCCCCACCGCAGCCCCGGGGCAGCCCGAUCGGAGGGGAGCCCGGGCCGGGCGACACCGAGGAGGCCAGCGACUCGGGCAUCAGCUGCGAGGAGGCCCCGUCGGAGGUGGGUGCCGGGCACAGCCCCGACCUGGCCAACCUGCGGAAGGAGCGCAUCGUCAUGCUGUUCCUCAGCCACUGGAAGAAGUCGGCCUACACGCCCGCGCUCAAGACGGCUGCCUGCAGGACCCUGGAGGCCCGCCGCGCCGGGCCGCGAGGGCAGGUGGUGGCCAGGGCUCCUCCGCCACCCUCGCCACCGCCCAGCGAGGGCCCCCGGCUGGGCCACCUGUGGCAGCAGCGGACCAUCAUCACCCACCUGCUGGGCAACUGGAAGGCCAUCAUGGCGCACGUGCCGGCCCGGCAGCUGCGGCGGCUGAGCCGGCGGCCCCGGGGCCUCCUGUCUCCCGAGCAGUUCCUGCCCCACGUGGACGGGGCGCCGGUGCCCUACGGCAGCCUCACGCUGGACCUCUUCAUGCUGGGCUACUUCCAGCUCCUGGAGUGCGACCUGCCUGCCGAGGAGAGAAAGAUGCGCCACCUGCUCUGCUUCGAGGUCUUCGAGCACCUGGGCGCCCACGGCUGGGCGGCCGCGCGGGCCUUCCACAAGGCCGUGACCGACGAGGUGGCCGCCGGCCGCCGGGCCUGGACCGAUGGCUUCGAGGACAUCAAAGCCCGCUUCUUUGGCUCCAACCGCGGUCCUGCCUGGGACACCGAGCCUGGCCGCAAGUCAGGCCUGACCCCACUCGGGCCCCUGCCCCACACCCCCAGCCCCAGUGGCGGCCCCGAGCCCGCAGCCCAGCGGCUGGGGUCCGGCUCCCAGCGGGGCAGCUUCAACAGUGAGGACAUCUGCGGUUACAUCGACCGGAGCUUCGCCUUCUGGAAGGAGAAAGAAGCUGAGAUGUUCAGCUUCGGAGACUGAGACGGGCGGGCAGCCCCUUCCGGAGGGGCCCCGGGGGUGGUGUCGGUUCUCUCUCCUCGUGUCCUUUUUCACCCACCUGGUGGCCAGGUGAGCCCCCCGCCAGGCGGGCAGACACUCAGCGUGCUAGCGCCCUCCAGUCCUGCCCUUGACAGAGCUUCCUCCUCAGCUCUGGGCUCAGCCUCCG